UUUAUCAUUUACAAAAGAAAAGCAAAAGCAAUAUUUAGUUAACGCUUAAAAACAAAUUUAAAUAUCAUUAUUAAAAUUAUCUUGGUUUGUAUCACAAAUGUCGCGCAUUUAAAACCUUUUAACCUCGCAGACAUCUUUGGAUAUGUCAAAAUUACGUCUUUGUUAUCAAACAACAUUUGUUUUGAAAGUGAAAUCGCCGAAGAUGCAGCAGUAACAAGAUUCAAUAUUACUUGAAAACAACAAACGAGAAGAUGGACAAACUGCCAAUAGAAAUUCUGGAAAAUAUUGCCUGUGAUGGGGCGUUAAGCAUAAGAGACGUCGUAAACUUGUCGUCAACAUGUCACUAUUUAAGAGAUAUACUCCUUAGCAGCAAUGUGGUUUGGAAACAGAAGUUUUGCCAGAGAUGGCCCAGCUUGACUAAAAGGAUGCCAGCCCAAGUGCAGUUCUUUGAUGAGACCCGACACCUUAUGGAACUUAGAAAUAAAACCAGAUUAAUGUUGGAGACAAUGUCUCCAAGAUUUUAUAAAAAAUCCCAACUCUCAGAGUCUGAUCUUCAAGAAUGGGAAGCAUUAGUUGAUGAACAUUUUAUGAAUUACUAUUAUUUGGUGUAUGAUCUAAUGCAAAUUGUUAAUUGCAAGGAUAAUAUUCACACUAUGGAGGUGAUACCUUUAAAUACACCUGGCAAUAAAACAAUGCAGUAUUAUUCAAGGAAAGUGCUGAGAUUCAUAAGACAGGUGCACUUGUCCCAGGUGUGGAAAGAGUACAUGUCUCAGCCAAGCCACUUGCAAACAUUAGAAAUAGGUGCCACAAUAGUGGCGCAAUGGUGUCAACCAACAAUUGAGAUCAGUUGCGACAGCAUAUCUGAUGCCCUAGAUGCGCUGGCGGAACAAGUUAAAAAACGUUUGAAAGAAGUCUACCCCUUUCAUUCACUGCUGCAACUUCCACCUAGUGUUAUGAGCAGAUGGAAACAUGAAAAGCUGAAUCACAACCAGUUUUCGGCGGUGGAGAAUCGCCAGCUAAUGACCACAUUGAGGGAGGAGAUGUUCGUUAAUCUUGGUUUCAAAGGCAACAACCAAACUUACUACAUGCCCCGCAACUCGUUCAUCAACGCAGUGCUGGAAACUCGUGAAGGUUUACCCAUAACAUUGUCCGUUAUCUUUGAAGCGGUGGCGCGUCGUUUGGGCCUCAAAUGCGACCCCAUAAACGUCCCAGCCCAUUUCCUGCUGCGUUUCGCCGAGUCGAAAGAUUCAGACUGGUACUACGUUGACGUGUUCAACGGCAGGAACGUUGUGAAAAGGGGCAUGUGCCCCCACAGCAAGGGUUCUGCUUGGUACGCGACUGCCACUGCGGCGGAGGUGGUCGAAAGGAUGGCGAACAACCUGGAGGUAUCCUCGAGGCAGCAUUCCCAUCCUAACGGGCGCAUAACCCGUGUCCGCUCCGCCUUGGAGCUGCUCAAGCUGGUGAACCCCCAAGAUUUGUCCGCUAUCGUGAGCCUGGCCCGCCUGUACAUGUUGCACAACAUGGACACGAAACCGCUUGAGAACUUCCUGUUGUCGCAGAACUUUCAGGUGCCCGAGCAGGCGCAGCGCGUGGUGGCGAUGCUGCGCGACUACCAGGCGCACCACGCUCGUCACGACGACGAUUUGUACGCGAAGAUCGAGGCCGCACGACGCACUGACAAUUUGAAAUACGCCGUGGGCAUGGUGAUGUCACACUUGACACUCAAUUACAAAUGCGUGAUUUACGAUUGGGAUCCGAUCUGUUUGGCCGAUCGCGACUGGCAGAUUCAGAACAACGUGGACGCCUUGUCCAUGAAGACGGAACAGCCCUUCUAUAACGUGUUGGCCGAGGAUGGAUCUCACAGAUACGUCGCACAAGAAAAUUUAAGACCUUCUAAUCAGGUGGGAUAUCUGUAUUUGAACGAGGAGGUGGGAAGACAUUUCUCACAUUUCUUUGAGGUGCUCUACGUUCCGAAUGCGGAAAAGGAGAAAGAGUAUCCGGACGACAAACAUGUGCGGCAUAUGUAUUAUAAACAGAUUACCAGCGGUAGUCACAAUUAAUUUAUUUUGUUUUUAUUUUUUAAAUAAUUAUAUUUUAUCUAUCAAAAGUUGUUGUGUCUGGGGACAGAACAAUUUUAAUUCGAUACAUACAAUUUUUAAUUAAUUGUCUUUCUGAAUUUGUUUCGACUGUUAGAAUAUAACUAUUUUAAUUUGAUCCAUACUAUAUAUGUUACUGUAUUUUUUCUUGUUAACUAGUAUCAAAAUUUUAAGUUUUUUUGUUGAAAAUAGGGUAUAUUGUUGUUUUGUAAUAAAAUACACUUCAUUUAAAUUUAGAACAAUGUAAACAGUACAUUUAUUUUUUGUAUAAUAUACUUUUAAAAAUAA